CACAGACACACACACAUACACACACACCCGCUCUCUCGCUCUAGCUCUCUUCUUCUCUCCCUCUCUCUCCCUCUCAUUCCCUGUCUCCUUCUCAUUUUUUUUUUUUUUUUUGGUACCAUAGAGUUGCACUGAAAACAGAAGAUAGAGGGAGUCUCGGAGCUCGCCAUCUCCAGCGAUCUCUACAUUGGGAAAAAACAUGGAGUCAGCUCCCGCAGCCCCCGACCCAGCCGCCAGCGAGCCGGGCAGCAGCGGCUCCGAAGCGGCCGCCGGCUCCAGGGAGACCCCGCUGAAUCAGGAAUCCGCCCGGAAAAGCGAACCGCCGGCUCCAGUGCGCAGACAGAGCUAUUCCAGCACCAGCAGAGACAGUCCUAUUUCAAAUCUUGGAAAUGAGAAGAACUUGAUAGUACUUGCCUGGGAGAAAAGCAGGCAGAUCCAUGCAGCCUAGAAUGGAUUGAGCCUGGGAUGAGCUCGUAAGGGGACCUUGGCACCUGGAGAUGAAGAAUCAUUCUCUUUCAAGCUGCAAUGGCCAUUAAGUGACUGCUGAGCUAUUGGAGGUAUCGCAGAGAGACUCAACAGGACCAUUAAUGGGUUUUUAUCACUUAGGUGAUAAAACUCCAGUUAUUAGUGAUAAGCCAUGGUUUAGAAAAAUCAAUCAACCAAUAAAUAUUGAUUGAACAUCCCACUGAUUGCAAGACACUGGGCUUCACAGCUUGUGGGAAGCAUUAGGAAGUAAGGGAUAUAUCCCACAUAAUAAAAGUUUACAGUUUAGUAAGGAGGAAAAAAAACUUAACUAGAAGAAAAGUUAAAAAAAAAAAAAAGCAGUAUGAGGAGGAUGAUAUAAGGGUAUAACAAGGCAGUUCAUGGUCAUUUGGUGAGCAGAUGAAGAAUACAAACUAUGAGAGGACAAAGAGAUCUAAGGAAGCUGGAGAAGUCAAGAGAAUUUGCUGAAGAGGUAGUAGACCUUGAGAUCAGCUUUGAUGCAAAGGUACAAUUUGGAUAAUUAGAAAAGAGCCAUUGGGUGCUCAAGUAGAAAGACUUGUAUUAUAAAAAGAUGAGAAAGCAUAAAAUGUGUUUAUACAUUUUCAACAAAUAGACUGGUUUUGUUGGAGUAGAAGGCUUGUGGAGUUGAUAAGCUGAGAUUAGGUUAGUGAGAUAGGUUAGGGCCUUGAAUGAAAAGCUGAGGGAAUUUUUUGUAAUAUCCAAUUCUUAUUUAGUUUACAUAAACUUAUCUCACCAUUUCUCUAAGAUAAAAUUUCUAGUGGGUUUCAAUAUUCUAUAACAUUGCUAGAAACAUGACUAUCAAAAGACAAGGCCUUUGUCAAAAAGAUAACCAUUUAAUGAAUAUGCACUUUAUUCUCUAGUAAGGAUUGCCUUUUUAGAAACUCCUUUAGAAGCUGAGGUGACUGUUUCUCAGACCAGGAAUGGUUAGAAACAGGGCACUGAUCACUGUGAAGAAUAGGGGACAGUUGGCAGAAACCAUCAAACUCUGAAGAACAAAACAACACUGGAAACGUAACAGUGUGGGCUAUGAGAUAUAGGCGCAGAGAUCCCUGCAAACCUGCAUAGAAUCUAAGGACAUCUCAAUUUUAUACCGAAAUAUGGUCAUUUUGGUUAUAAUGUUUGCCACAUACUUAAUCAUGAUGACUAUGAGUCAUGGAGGAAAAAGUCCAAUUAUGUUGAAAUCAGGAAAGGAUGAGACACCAUUUUAAAAGAUUUUCAGUAAAGAUGGCUAAAAUUAAAAGGAAACGUUUAGGUGCUUAAAGGGUAAGUUCCAGUUACAUGAAAAAUUAUAUCAUGGAAUACUUCACUCCUCCAUAAUUCUAGUUUAAAUGUCUCUCUGCUUCUGUAAAGUCUAAUGCUAUGCAGUGGCUAUUAAUCAUUUGUAUGAUGGAUUAUUUUGUUUUGUUCUAAUACCGACUGUUUUGCAUCAAGAAUAAACCAUUCAAUAGACCCUCUGUUCUAGAACUUAAACUCUUCAAUUGGCUCACUAUCAUUGAUCUCCAAUCCUCUUGGGAAUGUGGUUCAAGGAAAUGAAAUGUCUAUAGUCUAUAGUCUACAUCUGAAGAUUUGAAGACCUGGGUUCAAAUUCAACCUCAGACACCUCUGAGACCUUGAGCAAGUCACCUGUCUGCUUCAGACUAUAUCAUCAAUUAUAAAAUAGGGAUAAUAAUACCAUUUAUCUCACAGGUUGUUGCAAAGUUCAAAUGAGAGAAUAUUUGUGAAGUACUUAGCACAGUACCUGGUAAAAAAGCAGGUGCUAACUAUUUCUGCCCCUCUCCUUCCCUUUUUACAAAAAUAUACACUUAGGAUAUGUUGAAUUUGCUGCAUAGACUUUUGAGACUAACAGGUUAGUUUGUCCACAAAAUGG